CAGCAAAGGAUAUAUUCGUCACCUCUGCUUGCUAAAAAUUCAAAUCGAGAACUGAAAUGAGUCUGGAUACACUGCUUGAAGCUGCUGAAUUUCUGGAAUGGCGUAACCAGUCCAAAACACGUGUUGAUGAGUCUGCAGGCCGAGUAUCGUCAACAAACGGAUCUGAUACUUCACAAGAUUCCUACAGCUCUGCAAAAAUCAUCUACAUGGAUCCAGACGACGCAACGUUACGUCGGCGUGCAGGAGGAGCUGGGACCAGAGAGGUUCACAAUAAAUUAGAGAAAAACAGGAGGGCACAUCUGAAGGAAUGCUUUGAUAUUUUAAAGAAACAGAUUCCAACCUUGGAGGAUAAGAGGACUUCAAAUCUCUGUAUUUUACGUGGCUCUAUACGAUACAUUCAGGCAGUAAAAAGGAAAGAGAAAGAAUAUGAACUAGAAAUGCAAAGAUUAGCAAGGGAGAAAAUAACACUUCAAGAGAGAAUCCACAAUUUAAAAUCCGAGUUAGCCAGGAUGAAUAUUGAAGUGGAUUUAAAUAAGUGGGUUACCCUCCCUGAUGAGCAAGACACCAAUUCCACAUCAACAGCUACAGAACAAGGAAGUCCAAUAUGCAGUGAUGAUGAUGAUGAUGAUAUUAGAAGUCCCAAUAAAUCAUACAUGGGUGAAAGGGACAUUGUAAAGAAAUUAUUCCCAGGCAGCAGCAAUCAGAAUGCAAUCAACCACCAGAGAGAACUGACAAUAAUAAAGGUCAGCAAGCCUGACCACGUCAACAUGCCAGCAGCCACCAUAUUGAAAAUUCCAACCUCUAAAUCUCCUCUUCAACAGCAUUUAAUGUCUCCCAUACAAGGGAAUUCUCUGUUAACAAAGCCUCCUCUUCCAGCUCGGCCUGAGCAGACGUCAUCUGCACCUGCUACUGUGACUACCUCGAAUUCCUUAGAUACACGCACGCCAGUAACGCAGCUGUUGGCCAGGACAUUAGAGAAAAGACAGAAACAACAACAGAGUGCCAUAGUCACAGUGACAAGCGUCAGUCCCAGUGUUAAACCACCACCAGUACCAACAGUACCAUUAAAGACCAUUCCUUUGAGACAUUCUCUGGGCAUUCCAAUAGCAACACAGUUUGUUGCUGCCCAAGGAGCAGCCCAGUUAGCAGCAAUUAAUAAACUGGUUUCCCAGGGUACCUUAGCCAUGCCGGUCUCCAUGGCCAAAGGAUUUGCCCAGCCCAUUCUGGUAUCUACUAACCUGAUGACAGGACUAACUUCUAGUCAGCAACAACAGAUAUUGAAUAGUGCUGCAACACAGAGUAUGGCAAAACAGACUGCAGCUGCCACUUCUUCAAUUGCUACAGCAACCACCACUGUCAAAGUCACAGCACUAUCCGCCACACCACUGUCAGCUACAACACUAUCAACUACACCAUUGUCAGCUACACAGCUGUCGGGGACUCCUUCUAUGGCUACCUUAGGAAAUGUUUCCAACAUCAGACCACUUGCAAAUACAGGCACAACUCACAUGCUGGGACAAAUCCCCUUCAACAUUCUAGCUCAAGCACUGCCUAGAACAUCUUUAGGACAAGUCGUGACACCAUCCACUUCCACAGUGUCAGUCUCUAUUCCCUCUAGUCUGCCACAGAAUGUUAACAUGCAGCAGCUUAUGUCACUUGCUCAAAUUACUCAAGGGACACAAUUGGUGUCCCCCAUGACAGUUAUGUCCCCUGGAGUGCAGUUUGCACAGGGAUUAACUCAGACACAGUUAAACUCUAUGCUUUCAAGUCCUCUUUUAAAGCAGAUUCCCUUGAUUCCCCAUGGAUUCUUGCAGGGAGCUCAGAUGGGGGGUGUUUUAGGACAACAAGUGGUGAAACCUGUUGUAGUGGUCAGCCUGCCCAGUGUGGUGAGCACCACUGCCACCACUUCUACCAUAGCUGCUACUACCACCACCACCACAUCAUAGGAAUUGAAGGAAGCCAACUGAGUCAUUAUUGAAAUCCAGACAAUUUUAGCAGAAACUCACAACCAUGUGUCAUCAAUACAGAUAUGUAAUGAUGUAAAAUGUAUCACAAACUGUUAUGUUAUUUUGGGUACAGUCUAGUAAUUUUAAAUUGAUGAGCUUAAUAUCUCUC